GGCUGGCAACCAUUUCAGGGUGCUCUGCCUCCUGCCGGUUGACGGCUGGGAUAGGCUCCAACACUCCCGUGACCCUUGUGAGAAUAACCGGCUAAGAAUGGAUGGACGAUUUAGAAAAAAAUGUUUUUGUUUUAAACUGCAAACUUGCUCUUACAGUUGAGGAGGUUAUGAAUAUUUAGAUGUCAUCAUAUUUAGGUUGUGAACAAAGUAGUAUUGUUGAACUCGCGUAAGUAUUAGGCGAAAAAUGUCACCCCUGUAAAGUUUCUCUGGAUCGCUAAAAGUUUCAGAACGCCUACGAUCAAAUUUGAACACGCGUUCGGACGAUCCAACUUCUGUCUUAAAAUGACUAGUGCACAAUACUGCGUUCAACCAGUAAGGGGAGGCGGCGUUCCGUGAAUGUGAACGAGGAUAUACCCGCCUUUUGGUGCUAUUUUUCGGGCACAUGUGGCUCUGUGAGGCUUUAGGGCUGCCUCCCCCUCUGACUCUACCUCGUCGAUUAAAAAAAGAAAGCAAGGAAAAGUGGGGUGGGGGUUGUGGAUGCGCCACAGGAGACUAGAAACUGCUCUACUUUGGGAACGCUGAUGCUGCUAAGCAUGGAGAGCCACCGCCUUCACGGACUAAUUGGAGUGUACGACGAUGUGGGCGCUUGUUGAGUUUGUCAAAGCCAAAAAGAUUCGGCAGACACUUUGCUUGUUUUUUGUUUUGUUUUUUUCUUUUUUGAGACGUUGAUACUCCUAUCUGCAACGAUGCGGGCUGUGGAAGGGAAAGGGAGUCGGACGGCCGUGCUUGCAUUCUUCUUUAUCGGACUGUUUGUUUCAGAAGGCUCCAGCAAAACGUCCGAGGAAGAGGUGACUCUGAAGGUUCACCUGAGCGAUGCCAGCACUCACCAGCCUCUGGCAGGAGCAUCCAUACAGCUUUUUGCCAACCACACUUUGGUAACCACGGAAACAUCACUGGUUGAUGGCAACGCCUACCUGCGCUUCCCAUACCGCCUGGGGACACCGUUACUCGUCGCCGCAACCAAACACGGAUAUGUGCCAAAUUCUGUGCCAUGGACACCGUCCCGACUACCUGUAUUUUCCUCCAUUAGCCUCAAUCUUUUACCCGAGAGAUCUGCUACUCUGACGGUCUAUGACGAUGUGGUGGAGAUCGUGUCAGAUUUCCAAGGUUUUAGGCACCAGCCGAGUGUUCAUUUCCAGCGCAGAGCCUUAACUCUUCCUGUCAACACAUCCUAUGCCAAUCUGACUGCACUGCUCACUGUGGCAGACUCUCUCGCCCACAUCCAGCACUUUCCCUAUCUGCAGGUCGCUGCCAGCAAUGACACAGGAUCUGAGAAGUCUCUGGAAUUGACUCCUGUGGCUGCCAUCUCCGUUCACCUAUUGGCCAGCGACGGACUGGAACUGCAGGUGAAUGAGCCAACCACGGUCUCUGUCCCGCUACCUGCAGACAGUGGCCUGAAGGAAUAUGAUCGCGUUCCCACUUGGAGAUUUGACCCACGUUUGGGUUCCUGGAUAAAGAGCAGUUGGGGUCACGUGCAAAGGGUGGACGACCAACUCAUCCUCACCUACAUUGCGCCUCAGUUGGGGUACUGGGUUGCCGUCAUGUCGCCACUCCAAUCAGGAGGUCUGCUGGUUGUGAAGGACAUCAGUAUGUACCACACCAUGUUUCUACUGGCCAUUCUUGGAGGCAUGGCACUCAUUCUACUUUUUUUGCUCUGCAUCCUCCUGUACUACUGCAGGCGUCGUUGUUUGAAGCCCCGAGGCUCUCACCGCAAGCUCACACUGUCCUCUGGUCUGGACAGCAGCAAGCGGGACCAAGCCACAUCCAUGUCCCACCUCAAUCUCGUCACCAACGAGGUGCAGUUGGAGUGUGUCUCCACAGUGACAGAGCCCAACAUGACCACGCUGAUGCUGAAGCCGUCCUCUUACGAGCACCGAGACGAUUCCCAUGCACAGAACCUGAUCCAGCACAGCAAACGCAGCCGCUCUUCGCUAGGAAACAGCCACCACGGCUCGUCCCUCGGUAAUCUGACGCCUCGCAGCGGAGACUACCGUCAAUCCAUGGAAACAAUGCACUUAAAGUCAGCCAUGUCAUGUGGUACAGACAAAGGUUACCGUCAGUCGUACGUAUCAGUAUGCUCGUCUGGCAACCACAUAGUUGAUGGACUAUCACCAGUCAAGCACGGCCAGAUGUCAGAACAUCAGUUAAGCGGGGUUGUCAUCUCCCCUUCCUCCCCACCUCACUCACCCUCCAGGGGACAGGUGAGUGAAUGCAGGGUCCCUGACUAUCUUCUCUCCCGCUCCGUGGACCACCUGGAGCAGCCCUCCUCGCUCACCCGCCCGGGUCAGCUGCUGUGCUGUGCCUCAGUGGACUUGCUGAGCAGUGGCGAAACCUAUCCGAGUUUGCGUCCCACCCUGGUUAUCCCCGCUCACUACAUGCGCCUGCCCGGGGAGCACCCCCUCUCGGGUCAGGCACUCCUGCUGCAGACAGACCAGCAGAGUGACUUGGAGACUAUCCAAGCUGAGCUCAAUGCCUCCCAGUCAUCAGGACAAACCCCCAAAGACUGUGUCCCUAGUCCUGCCGAGCAGGGUGACGGAGAGAAGUUGGUGUCCAUUCCAGGAGCUCUCGGAGAAACAAGUCUGGUGGAAAUAAAUAGCGAGGACACCCUUUUGGCUGAAAAGACUUUAAUGGAGCUCCGAGGAGGCAAGCCUCUGCCACACCCACGAGCCUGGUUCGUCUCGUUGGACGGACGAUCCAACGCCCACAUCCGCCACUCUUACAUUGACCUCCAGCGGGCCGGUUGCCAUGGUAAUGUCACAAGCACAGGAGGUCCACAAGGCAGCGGGCGGAGGCACGGCAGCGGCAAUGACGCUAGCUUGGACUCUGGUGUUGACCUGAACGAGCCCAGAGCGGGGCGCAGGGGACGGGACGUGGAGCAGGAGGAACGAGAGAUGGAGAAGGGGGGGGCCAAGAGCACAAUGUCAACCACGGGAUCCACUCAGUUGGUCUACGUGGAUGAUCUAGAUGGGGCAGGCAGUAAAGAGACCCCCAAGCAUGAGAGCCAGCACAGCAACUUGCGCUCUGUCCAGUCCGUCAAGGGAGAAGCAGACAGCAUACAAAUAUACACGGAACCCUACUCACUUUCCUCCUCCUCAACGGCUUCUCCUCCUCCCCUGACGCAAUCCGACAGCAUGACACUCAGGAACGAUGGCACGCUGCUUUCCGCCUCCCCCGAGGAUAACAUGCCAGCCGAGGACGGGGAGGAGGAGAAAAAGAGCCCCUGGCAGAAGAGGGAGGAGCGACCCCUACUGGCCUUCCACAUGAAAUAAAUCCUCAGGUGACCACAUGAGAAGGACAAACCCGAUGAGCCUUUUUAAAGCACUGACAUACUGUAUAUCUGCUACUCAUAAAAAAAAAAAAAAUAGGGAUACUGUAUGGGGUUGUUGAGAGAAAUUUCAGGACUGACUUAAAUGCACUACAUUACCUUUGCAUGUGAACUUUAUUCAUACUUCUCUCAACUUUGGAAUGCACAUUCAGCUGUUUCUUUCAGUCGUUUUUGCACAAGUUUUGAGGAGGUGAAAUUAGGUUUAACUGUAAAGGUAAUAGUGCAUUUUAUACUUUUUGAGAGUAGUCUCAUCAGCACUGGGAUCCAUGAAAUGAAAGGACCGCUCUACUUUCUACAAACUUUUGUGUACUAUUACAUGAAUAUGACCACUGUUGUCAACCAUGACUGCCCCUCAACCACCACCUGUGUGCACACUCCACUUGCAGGCGGGAUCUACACUUUGCCUGAAGGACUUUUUAUGUGUAUGAAGCAAAUACAGUAUAUGCAUUUUUUUGGGUUGUACACAGACAAUGGAUGGGUGAUUUUCACAAAUGAAGGACUACAAGAUCCUUUUUCUUUAAGCCAUAUUGGCCUCGGACCACUGAUAGUAAAACCACUCUGCUCCUACUCUUGCUGUGUGUUGCUAGUGGUUUUGGCUGCACAAAAACACCUCAGCACACACUUAAAUCUCUUAAGAGAGCUUUGCUCAAUGACCAGGUGAGUGUUUUACGUGAACUACAAAAAAACAAAAAAAACACUCUGCACUGUCGUGUAAUCAGACAGUGUGACACGCCACCCAUCUGGAGGGUAAGGAUGUAAAACCGCUUCUAGUUAUGCCUAUAAUAAUAAUACUGUCUAAUACGAUGAAGGGUUUUUUGUACAAGUUGAAUCACUGACUGGCAUAUGUUGCUGGAAGGCUAUGGAUCACUUUUAUAUACCUUCUUGAGAUGCGUUUUUUGCUUGUUUCACACAAU